AUGCUGACGAUUGUGGUUCUGUCACGGGGACAGUGCGGUCUAUCCAGCAACGUCUCCCGCUACCUCGUAGCCAUGGCAGCGGCGGAUAUAAUGGUCGUUGUCCUCGAUGUGGUCCUGACGCAGAUACCCAUGACUUAUUCGGAACAUUUCACCUCCCUGUCCGGCGUCCAUGUGUGUAACAUUCACGCCGUCCUGCUCUACGCCGCCACCGACAGUUCUGUCUGGUUCACAGUCGCUUUUACCUUUGAUCGAUUUGUGUCCAUUUGUUGUCAGAAGCUGAGAACUAAAUAUUGCACCGAGAGAACGGCGGCUGUGGUGUUAGGGACAGUGAUCUUGCUUAGUUGCUUAAAAAAUGUUUUCUGGUAUUUUAUGCUCGGAGGUGAAUACAGAUUUGGUUAUUUCCCCUGGUUUUGUAAGGAGAGAGUCGGUGUUCUGCAUUCAGUAGUCUGGGCAGCAAUUGAGUUCCUCCACUAUCUCCUCACACCGGGAUUCCCGUUUUGUAUCAUCUUGCUGCUCAAUGUAUUGACGACUAGACGCGUCCUAGUGGCCAGCAGAGCCCGAAGAAGACUGCGGGAAUCGAGCACCGGAGAGAACUCCAGAGACCCAGAGAUGGAAAGCCGGAGGAAGUCGCUUGUUCUACUUCUUGUUAUAUCGGGGAAUUUCAUUCUGUUAUGGGGAAUUUAUAUGAUGUAUGCCAUAUGGGGCAGAUUGUAUGAUCUAGAAUACCAUUCCUCAUAUCCUCCUAAUACUCUACAAAAACUGGGCAUCAUGCUGCAGCUCCUGAGCUGCUGCACAAACACAGCUCUUUACGCCGUGACUCAGACGAAGUUCAGAGAGCAACUGAAGGAAACGGCGAAAGUCCCUUUCACUCUCCUGGCAAAAUUCCUUCCAUGGCAAGAAGAUUGUUGCACAUUCCCAAAGUUCCACGGGGGCUGGUGGCCUCAUCGGAAACCAAAAUAG